AUGUCUGGUAUCAGAUGUCAUGAGUGCGGUGCUGUUGUCACUCUGAGUGGUGCAGCAGGACGUUUAGCUGCUGAUGGUAUCAAGUGGACUGGAGAUACAGCAGUUAAGUUAUCUCCAAAGAUUAAUAUUGGAAUGAAAAGCGCUGUGGGAAUAGCAGGUUUUGCAGCUACUUCAGAAAAUACUAAAAUAGAGAGUGGAUUUUUAGCUGAACAGUACAACAAUCAACAAUACAAAUGUAUUAAUGAUCAUUCUGGUAAAUGGAUAACAAAUUAUUAA